AUGACAAGUAAAGGAACUGUUCUUAUUUAUUAUGGUUUUCGUAGUGGUAAAUCAGUCGCUGGUGAUACUGGGAUAUCGUCUGAAGCUUGGACGUCGUAUUAUUAUCAUGACAUUGGUAAAUCAUUUCGAGUAGCUGCCAAGAGUAAAAGGUUGAAUUCAAAAGGUUUCGACCGUUUGCAGAGCAGUGAUGGAGCAGGGUUAAUAAUCGAUCUUUCUCCUUCUUUACAAAACGACAAUGACAGUGCUACAUGUCAGGAAGAUUGUUUGGAAUCAACUUUGGAACAAAAUGAGUUUAUUGCCUAUAGUGCUGAAGCUGCAGCAUUUGCCCAAUUUGCCUCCAUAGACGCAAUUAUUCUGGCCUCCAAUGAAUUGGCUAAUGCUAACUGUCCCAAAGUCUCUCAAGUCGAGCAUCAUAAGGUCAGAUUUUGGCGUAAUAAAAGAAGUAGAAAUGAUGAAAUGACUAACUCUUCGAAGGAUUUGACAGAGAGACCUGCCAAGAGGCAUCAUUUUAGAAAGUGGUUGAACGAAGUUCGAGACGAAGUAGAUUUGGGUUACAUCUAUGAAAACCGUAAUAGAGCUUGUGCUGUUGCCGCUGAGGCGGCUCGCAUGGCAACUAUCCGUAAUAAUGCGAGAGCAGCAGCAAAGGUUGGUGCAACUGCAACUGCCCAAAUGGGUACGGUUCGCUCUCGUUCCAGAAAGUCCAUUCAAGCUGGUGCUUUAGCGACUGUAAAGGCUGUUCAUUUGGGAACUGUCAGUUCUCAUGCCAGAGAAUGGAUGGGAAUUUGUGCAUUGGAGGCCGCCAGUUCUGCCCAAACUAGGUUGUUUGAGCAACAUGCUACCUCAGUCAUGCAUUCAAGGAUUUCUACUUCUGAUCAAGAACCAUUUUCCAAUAAAAAUGUUGAAGGUGAGAUUCAUCACGGAGCUCAAGAUACAGAGGAGUAUGUCCAAAAUAUUUCACAAAGUACAGUAGUGGAUCCUGAAGAUCGAAAUAUCCACAACCACAACUCUCAGCCCCUACAAGACAGCAGCUCGGGAGAGGAUAUUAAAAAGGAGACAACUUCAAAAAUCGCAGGAGUUUAUGAACAAUUUGAAGCUGCUUCACCAGCCUUCCCCAAAUUAGAGUCGGGGCCAUUAAUCGAAGCAUGCGGGACAUAUUCACCAAUCGAAUCACAAAGUGAGGCAAAAUCAGAGGAGGAAUUUUGGGACUGUAUAUCACCCAAGGAGUCUACCUCUACUGAAUCAUUUUUUAUCGAAUCCUUUGAUAAACAACCAAGUAAGCUUGGUUCUGGUGAGCUAGCACAAGUGAUUGAAGGUGGAGAUUUCGAGAAUAAACUUUCUUCCAAGUCAAACGUUCUGGGGUGGUUUAGUAAGACGGCAAAUGACGACACCACCAUCGCAGCAAAAACUCUCGAAGAGAAUACUCAGGAAUGCACCACGGCCGCUGAGACUAAUGUCUGGAAAAGUCUUGGAAGACAACUAGGACUUUUCAAAAAGGAAGAAGCACUUAAUUCAGAUAUGGAAGUGGUAUCUCCCUUUGGCGAUAACCAAAUUGGUUACGCCUUUUAA